AUGUAUUCUCUCUUUUAUAGUUCAGCAGAAGAGCAGUUUCACUGGCAAUCACAAGAUGGUCAAAAAGAUAUCGAAGAUGAGCUCACAACAGGUCUUGAAUUGGUGGACUCCUGUAUUAGAUCACUGCAGGAAUCAGGAAUACUUGACCCACAAGACUAUUCAACAAGUGAAAGGCCCAGCCUGCUCUCCCAGAGUGCACUCCAGCUCAAUUCCAAACCUGAAGGGUCUUUCCAGUAUCCAGCCAGCUACCAUAGCAACCAGACCUUGGCCCUGGGUGAGACAGCCCCGUCGCAGCUCCCUGCCCGCAGCGCACAAGCCCGAGGUGCAGGCCAGAGUUUCAGCCAGGGCACCACGAGCCGCGCGGGGCACCUGGCGGGGCCCGAGCCCGCGCCGCCGCCGCCGCCGCCGCCGCCGCCGCUGCGGGAGCCGUUCGCGCCCAGCCUGGGCAGCGCCUUCCACCUGCCCGACGCGCCGCCCGCCGCUGCCGCCGCCGCCGCCGCGCUCUACUACUCGAGCUCCACGCUGCCCGCGCCCCCGCGCGGGGGCUCCCCGCUGGCCGCGCCCCAGGGCGGCUCGCCCACCAAGCUGCAGCGCGGAGGCUCGGCCCCCGAGGGCGCCUCCUACGCCGCGCCGCGCGGCUCCUCGCCCAAGCAGUCGCCCAGCCGCCUGGCCAAGUCCUACAGCACCAGCUCGCCCAUCAACAUCGUCGUGUCCUCGGCCGGCCUGUCCCCGAUCCGCGUGACCUCGCCCCCCACCGUGCAGUCCACCCUCUCCUCCUCGCCCAUCCACCAGCUGAGCUCCACCAUCGGCACGUACGCCACCCUGUCGCCCACCAAGCGUCUGGUCCACGCGUCCGAGCCGUACGGCAAGCACACGCAGGAGCUGUAUGCCACGGCCACCCUCCAGAGGCCGGGCAGCCUGGCAGCUGGGUCCCGGGCCUCAUACAGCAGCCAGCACGGCCACCUGGGCCCGGAGCUGCGAGCCCUGCAGUCCCCAGAGCACCACAUAGACCCCAUCUAUGAAGACCGCGUCUAUCAGAAGCCCCCCAUGAGGAGUCUCAGCCAGAGCCAGGGGGACCCUCUGCCGCCAGCACACACGGGCACGUACCGCACGAGCACAGCCCCGUCUUCCCCCGGUGUCGACUCCGUCCCCUUGCAGCGCACAGGCAGCCAGCAUGGCCCGCAGAGCGCUGCCGUGGCCACCUUCCAGAGGGCCAGCUACGCCGCCGGCCCAGCCUCCAGCUACGCGGACCCCUACCGGCAGCUGCAGUAUUGUCCUUCCGUCGAGUCUCCGUACAGCAAAUCCGGCCCUGCCCUCCCUCCCGAAGGCACCUUGGCCAGAUCCCCGUCCAUCGAUAGCAUUCAGAAAGAUCCCAGAGAAUUUGGAUGGAGAGACCCGGAACUGCCUGAAGUGAUUCAGAUGUUGCAACAUCAGUUUCCUUCGGUCCAGUCUAAUGCUGCAGCCUAUUUACAGCACCUCUGCUUUGGAGACAAUAAAAUUAAAGCCGAGAUAAGGAGACAAGGAGGUAUUCAGCUCCUGGUGGACCUGCUGGACCAUCGGAUGACGGAAGUCCACCGUAGUGCCUGUGGGGCGUUGAGAAACUUGGUGUAUGGGAAAGCCAACGAUGACAACAAAAUCGCCCUGAAGAACUGUGGCGGCAUCCCGGCACUGGUCAGGUUGCUCCGCAAGACCACCGACUUGGAGAUCCGGGAGCUGGUCACAGGAGUCCUUUGGAACCUUUCAUCUUGCGAUGCACUCAAAAUGCCAAUCAUACAGGACACCCUGGCCGUGUUGACCAAUGCCGUGAUCAUCCCCCACUCAGGCUGGGAAAAUUCACCUCUUCAGGACGAUCGGAAAAUACAGCUGCAUUCCUCACAGGUGCUGCGAAAUGCCACUGGAUGCCUAAGGAAUGUUAGUUCAGCUGGAGAGGAGGCCCGCAGGAGGAUGCGGGAAUGUGAUGGGCUCACGGAUGCGCUGCUCUACGUGAUUCAGUCUGCGCUGGGGAGCAGCGAGAUCGAUAGCAAGACCGUUGAAAACUGUGUGUGCAUUUUAAGGAACCUUUCGUACCGGCUGGCAGCGGAAACGUCUCAGGGACAGCACCUGGGCACAGAUGAGCUGGACGGGCUGCUCUGUGGUGAGGCCAAUGGCAAAGAUGCAGAGAGCUCCGGGUGCUGGGGCAAGAAGAAGAAGAAAAAGAAAUCUCAAGAUCAGUGGGAUGGAGUAGGACCUCUUCCAGACUGUGCAGAACCACCAAAAGGGAUCCAGAUGCUGUGGCACCCAUCCAUAGUCAAACCCUACCUCACACUGCUCUCUGAGUGCUCAAAUGCAGACACGCUGGAAGGGGCGGCAGGCGCCCUGCAGAACUUGGCUGCAGGGAGCUGGAAGUGGUCGGUAUAUAUCCGAGCUGCUGUCCGGAAAGAGAAAGGCCUGCCCAUCCUUGUGGAGCUGCUGCGGAUAGACAAUGACCGAGUGGUGUGUGCAGUGGCCACGGCACUCCGGAACAUGGCCUUGGACGUCAGGAAUAAGGAGCUCAUUGGCAAAUACGCCAUGCGAGACCUGGUCCAUCGGCUUCCAGGCGGGAAUAACAGCAGCAACGCGGCGAGCAAGGCCAUGUCGGACGACACAGUGACAGCCGUGUGCUGCACCCUGCACGAGGUGAUCACCAAGAACAUGGAGAACGCCAAGGCCUUACGGGACGCCGGCGGCAUCGAGAAGUUGGUCGGCAUCUCCAAAAGCAAAGGAGACAAACACUCUCCGAAGGUAAUCAAGGCCGCAUCUCAGGUUCUGAACAGCAUGUGGCAGUACCGAGAUCUGAGGAGUCUCUACAAAAAGGAUGGAUGGUCACAGUAUCACUUCGUAGCCUCAUCUUCAACCAUCGAGAGGGAUCGGCAAAGACCCUACUCCUCCUCUCGCACGCCCUCCAUCUCCCCUGUGCGCGUGUCUCCCAACAACCGCUCAGCAAGUGCCCCAGCUUCACCUCGGGAAAUGAUCAGCCUCAAAGAAAGAAAAACAGACUAUGAGUCCACUGGCAGCAACGCCACUUACCACGGAACUAAAGGAGAACACACUUCCAGGAAAGACACCAUGACAGCUCAAAAUACUGGAAUUUCAACUUUGUAUAGGAAUUCAUAUGGUGCGCCCGCUGAAGACAUCAAACAUAACCAGGUUUCAGCACAGCCAGUCCCACAGGAGCCCAGCAGAAAAGACUACGAGACCUACCAGCCGUUUCCAAAUUCCACGAGAAACUACGACGAGUCCUUCUUCGAGGACCAGGUCCACCACCGCCCUCCGGCCAGCGAGUACAUGCACCUGGGACUCAAGUCCACGGGCAACUACGUCGACUUCUACUCUGCUGCCCGUCCCUACAGUGAACUGAACUAUGAAACGAGCCACUACCCCGCGUCCCCCGACUCCUGGGUGUGAGGCAGGCAGCACCGGGAACAGUGCAUGUGCAUGCAAGACCACAGACAUUGCUAUUUUUCUUUUCCCCUGCAAAUUUAGUUUGUUAAAGCCUGUUCCAUAGGAAGGCUGGGAUAACCAGUAAGGAAACAUUAAGAGCUAUUUCAGAAAGCUAACUGAAUCGAACGUUAACUUGAAAGUCAAUAGAAAGUGAUCCUCAAUCUGACCUUGUACAACACCUUUCUAGCGCGGGCUGGAGAGUCUAAAAAGUGCUUUCCACUGAAUGUGGCUGAAGGCAGCACAGAAGGCGGUCGGGGUGACGGUUGUAAGCACAGAGGCACGUGGUUCACACACUUCAGAGGGACGGCUUCUCACGCUUUGUUUACUCUUCAUCCGUUGUGAUUCUAGGCUUCAAGUUGCACUCGGGUUCCUCUGUACAGCAAGAUGUUUCUUGCCCUUUGUUAAUGCAUUGUUGUAAAGUAUUUGAUGUACAUUACAGAUUAAAGAA